AUGUCAGUCGAUCCCAAGGAAUCACCAACCCUAGCUCGGGAGCCUAUCGUACGUACGCAGGUGGUCAGAAGUGCUGCCACCAACAUCGACACCAGCAACACAUCGCCCGAGGAGCUCGAACGCCUUAAUCAAAUACACGAUUCUUAUAAGCCUAUCUGGUUAACCGAGACCAUCCAGAUCGGUCCAGUGCUUCCCUCAGACAAGGACGCCUUACUCGAGCACCUGAACGACCCUAGAAUCUAUCAAUGGCUGCUUGGCCCACCAAACCCCUACACCCCCGCGGAUGCAGAUUUUUGGAUCAACUCUCGUGCUUUGAGGAUGACUGAGAAGGGUAUGCCCCUCAAUUUUUCGAUCAGGGAUAUGACAAGAAGCGGCAAGGUCAUCGGAUCUAUUGGCGUCUCUAACGACAGCGACGACAAGCUGGAUGGCGACGAUACUGGCUACUGGUUGGCGUCUGAAUACCACGGACAAGGCUUGAUGGCCAAGGCCCUGAAGAUGAUACUAUGGAAGGUCUCGGUAAUGGAGGUCGGUAAGCGCAAAUUCAACGGUCGUGCAUUUGAAGGCAAUUGGGCCAGUCGAAAGACCAUGGAAAAGGUUGGCUUCGUUCUCCAGCCAGACAUUCACGACAAGAGAAUCAAAGACAAUAAGACCGUCAACUUAUGGACUUUGCGCCUUUACCUGACUGAAGAGGACGUUGCUAAUCACGUACCUGUUGCCGAGGCUACCCCCUUGCCAUCGUUGGUCCAAUAA